GGCGCUGACUGGCGGCCGCUCCCCUUCCCGCUCUCUUCCCGGUGCUGGCAGAGGGAGGCCGGGAGAGGGACGAGGAGGAGGAAUAAUGAAGCUGACCCGGCACUCUGUUCUGAGACUGUUCGGAUUCUUGUUGGCAUCCAUGGCUGCUUGGUAUUUGGGAUACUUUGCUGCUGUUUACGUACACCAAAACAGAAUAUCUAUUGUUGCACUUCAAGAGAUCGGAAAGAAACCAGUGUUGAGGGCCCCAGCCCCCAAAAGGCAGAAGUGUGACCACUGGUCUCCCUGCCCGCCUGGGAACUUCGCCUAUCGCAUCCUCAGCGGCGGUGGCAAACAGAGGAAGGCUAAAAUUUGUUUUGAGGAUGAGCAGCUUAUAAGUGAAUGGAAUAAUGGAGCUGGAAGUGGUAUAAACAUUGCCAUUGUGAAUUAUAAAACAGGAAAACUGAGGUCGACAAAUUUUUUUGAAAUGUGGGCAGGAGACCACUCACGGGAGAUGAUGGAUUUCAUCAGGAAUGCACCAGAUGGGAGCCUCCUGCUGAUGGCCACUCACGAUGAUGGGAGCACCAGGUUGAGAAACGAUGCCAAAAAAUUAGUAGAAGAACUGGGAAGUAAAGAAAUCAAGAAUAUAAGGUUCAGAUCAAGCUGGGUUUUUAUAGGUGCCAAAGGCUUCAAGCUGCCAGAUAAUAUCCAAAAAGAAAAGAUAAACCACUCUGACCAGACGAAGAACAGAUACAAAGGCUGGCCAGCUGAAAUCCAAAUAGAAGGCUGUAUCCCAAGAAACCUGAUCUGAACAAAUGCAUACCUCAUUAAUAAAGACAAUUCUAUAUUUUUAUAUCUAUGGCUCUACUAAAUUACCUCCAGAACUCAAUAAGCAUCCAAAAACCAUUGUAAAACAGGUCAAAUGCACAGUUUUUAACCUAUCUUUCCCCUUUGUGGUUUUAUUCUAAUCUGAAAACAAAUAGUGUUUUGAUAAGAAGUGGAAAUAAAAUAGUCUGGUUUGGAAUUGAAAUGUUCAGGAAGUCAGUCAUAAAAUGCAAGGAUUUUUGGAAAGAUGAAGCUGAGUCACCUGGACUGGACUGAAGUGUGUUGAUAAUCUGCAGUGCUGAACAGCCAUCAUCAGAUCUGUGUUCAUUUGUUCAUGACACAGUACUUAAAUAUGGCAAGCAGAGGACUCUCAAGUACUUUGACAACCCUCUGAUCUGAAGAAAUCAUGGAAAAGUGAUCACUUGCCACUUUUUCAAUCACUUUUCAGAUUAGAAGCAAUCUUGCAGAGUUGGUUUUAAAGUGGGAUUUUGACUUUGCACCCACAGAUUGAACACUUUUAAAGGAACUGCCUCCUAGGAAGAAGUGCAAAUCUUUUUUCAUGGAAUCCUAAUUCUGUAAAAUUAAUCUGGGGGGAAAAGCAACAGCUGCAGUGGUGGAGGUCGAUGAUCUCCAUGCUAGCUGACAUUUACAACCACAAGGAGCAGGUAGGAAGUGAUUUCCUGCAUUCUCCCGAGCUGGGAAAGUGCUGGGAAAUACCUCUGGGUGCUUAUUAUACACGUGGGGUCACCACCAUGCAGUAAAGUUAAAGCCUGCACAGCAAUCCAUCUUCUUCUAAUCCCAGCAGGGAGAAACCCUGAGCUUUAGGCUGUUAUUCAGGGCAUGGGUUUGUGGAUUUAAAAGUGGGAUGGCACAGCAGGUGGCAGCAGUGGUUUUCCAGAUCCUCUGCAUCUCUAGAAAUACCCAGACUUCUAAUGCUUACCUGUCCUGGGCAGGCACUGGAAGCCACAGAUAUGGGUGGGGGUCUCCUUGGGUGGACACCAGCAGCUUUGCCCCUGUGGUGCCAGACCUUCCUUUCCUACACUUUGCCAGGAGCAGGUUCCCAUUUCAAAUAUCCCCAGAAGAGCAUUCCACACAAAGGGGUCCCUUAUACCCCCAUGUAGAAGCACAUUUUAGAUGCUCCCAUUUUUACCUUCUGUGUUAAAAUGACAACCAGACCAAUAAAGA